GCCGAUCGGUACCGACACCUCUCCAGCGAGCUAAAGCCAAGAUGGAGGGUCUGCGCUCAGCGAGUACAGGAACGAAGCCACUCUUUGCUUUCAAAUGAAGAGGAUUUAUUCUUGAUCAGUCACUUGAUCUCGAAAAUCGACACUGACCCGUUUUUUGGGGAGUUUUUUUUGAGGGAGAAUCACUGAUCCGAGGAUGAGUUCAGGGGAGGGAGAGGACACAUCUAAGGAGGCGGCCGACAUAGCGGCGUUUUUUAAAUCCGAAUGUUCUCUUCAAAAAUGUGAACCCAAGCUUGAGUUACCCAAUCACCCAGGGUUCCACAGAAAUGAAGACAUGAAGGCCGUUGAAGUUCUUCCCAUCCUUAAAGAAAAGGUGGCAUUCUUAUCAGGUGGAAGAGAUCGUCGUGGAGGUCCAGUCCUUACAUUUCCAGCCAGGAGUAACCACGACAGAAUACGACAGGAGGACCUCAGACGACUUAUUGGGUACCUUGCAAGCAUUCCCAGUGAGGAGGUGAGCAGACAUGGCUUCACGGUCAUCGUGGAUAUGCGAGGAUCCAAAUGGGACUCUAUCAAACCUCUGCUGAAGAUCCUACAGGAAUCGUUUCCUUCCUGCAUCCACGUCGCUCUCAUCAUCAAGCCUGACAACUUCUGGCAGAAACAGAGGACGAAUUUUGGCAGUUCCAAAUUUGAAUUUGAGACCAUCAUGGUGUCCCUCGAGGGUUUGACCAAAGUGGUUGAUCCUUCCCAGCUGACUCCAGACUUCGAGGGCAGUCUGGAUUAUGACCACGAGGAGUGGAUCGAAGUUCGAGUGGCCUUUGAAGAAUUCACGAGCAAUGCAGCUCGCAUCCUUUCCCGUUUGGAAGAACUCCAGGACUCUGUGUCCCAGCGGGAGCUGCCAUCAGACCUGGAUGGGUCUCGGCGUGCUAUUGAGGAACACACCUCCCUGAAGAAAAAGGUUACUAAAGCUCCUGUGGAGGAGUUAGAUACUGAGGGUCAACACCUGCUUCAGCGAAUCCAGUGUGGGGAAAAAGGCAGAGGAGAUAUCCAGGGAUUAGCUCCAAAAGUCCAGGCGCUUCUGGAUAAACUUCAUGCCACACGCCAACAUCUGCACCAAUCCUGGCACAUGCGCAAAGUUAAACUGGAUAAGUGCUUCCAGCUGAGACUCUUUCAGCAGGAUGCAGAGAAGAUGUUCGAUUGGAUCGUCCAUAAUAAAGGCCUGUUUCUGACAACCUACACAGAGAUAGGAGCCAACCAUCAACAUGUGCUUGAGCUGCAGACCCAGCACAACCACUUUGCAAUGAACUGCAUGAAUGUGUAUGUGAACAUCAGUCGGAUCAUGUCCGUGGGGAACAGGCUGCUGGAGUCGGGUCACUAUGCAACCCAGCAGAUUCAGCAGAUCUCAGGUCAGCUGGAACAGGAGUGGAAAGCGUUUGCCGCUGCAUUGGAUGAGAGAAGCACGCUGCUGGAAAUGUCUGCUAACUUCCACCAGAAAACCGACCAGAAAAACAAGUCAUCAAGUUGUCUCAAAAUCACUUCACUGGCUAAGUAUAUGAGCAACAUGGACUCUUGGUGUAAAGCCUGUGGAGAGGGAGAACUUCCUUCUGAGCUACAGGACCUGGAAGACACCAUCCACCACCACCAGGGUCUCUAUGAACACAUAACCGCUGCCUAUUCUGAGGUAAGUCAGGAUGGCAAAGCCCUACUAGAUAAGCUACAGCGGCCUUUGACCCCAGGAAGUGCAGAUUCGCUGACAGCCUCGGCUAACUACUCCAAGGCGGUGCACCAUGUUCUGGACAUCAUUCAUGAGGUUCUGCAUCACCAGAGGCAGUUGGAGAACAUCUGGCAACACCGCAAACUUCGUCUUCACCAACGGCUACAGCUCUGUGUCUUCCAACAGGAUGUCCAGCAGGUUCUAGAUUGGAUUGAAAACCAUGGUGAGGCGUUCCUGAGUAAGCACACAGGAGUAGGGAAGUCUCUGCACAGGGCUCGAGCAUUACAGAAACGUCAUGAGGACUUUGAAGAAGUGGCUCAGAACACCUACACAAAUGCAGACAAACUCCUGGAGGCGGCAGAGCAGCUGGCUCAGACGGGCGAGUGUGACCCUGAGGAGAUCUACCAGGCUGCACACCAGCUGGAAGAUCGUAUCCAGGACUUCGUAAGACGGGUGGAACAACGCAAAGUCCUGCUCGACAUGUCUGUGGCCUUCCACACUCACAGCAAAGAGCUGUGGACAUGGUUGGAGGAGCUUCAGAAGGAGUUGCUAGAUGAUGUUUAUGCUGAGUCAGUAGAGGCAGUGCAGGAGCUGAUCAAACGUUUCGGUCAGCAGCAGCAAACCACCCUUCAGGUCACCGUCAACGUCAUUAAAGAAGGGGAGGAUCUUAUCCAGCAGCUCAGAGACUCAGCAAUCUCCAGCAAUAAAACUCCUCAUAACAGCUCUAUGGCUCACAUCGAGAGCGUCCUGCAGCAGCUGGACGAGGCCCAGGCUCAGAUGGAGGAACUGUUUCAGGAACGGAAGAUCAAACUAGAGCUCUUUCUCCAACUCAGGAUCUUUGAACGAGAUGCCAUUGAUGUCAUCUCAGACCUAGAGUCAUGGAAUGAGGAGCUGUCUCAGCAGAUGAAUGAGUUUGACACUGAGGAUCUGACACUAGCGGAGCAGAGACUGCAGCAUCAUGCAGACAAAGCUCUCACCAUGAACAACCUCACCUUCCACGUCAUACACCAGGGACAGGAACUCCUGCAGUACGUCACAGAAGUUCAGGCCUCAGGUGUGGAGUUGUUGUGCGACCGUGAUGUUGACAUGGCGACACGGGUGCAGGACCUGUUGGAUUUCCUGCAUGAGAAACAGCAGGAGUUGGACGCAGCCGCAGAGCAGCACAGGAGACACCUGGAGCAGUGUGUGCAGCUCCGUCACUUACAGGCCGAGGUCAAACAGGUGCUGGGUUGGAUCCGUAAUGGGGAGUCGAUGCUCAAUGCAGGUCUCAUCACAGCCAGCUCUCUUCAGGAGGCAGAACAACUGCAGCGGGAACAUGAACAAUUUCAGCACGCUAUUGAGAAAACCCAUCAGAGUGCACUGCAGGUGCAGCAGAAGGCAGAGGCUCUGCUACAGGCCAAUCAUUACGACAUGGACAUGAUCCGUGACUGUGCAGAGAAGGUGGCGUCUCACUGGCAGCAGCUCAUGCUGAAGAUGGAAGACCGCCUCAAACUGGUCAAUGCCUCAGUGGCUUUCUACAAGACAUCGGAGCAGGUGUGUAGUGUGCUGGAAAGUUUAGAGCAGGAAUACAAACGAGAGGAAGACUGGUGUGGAGGGACUGAUAAACUGGGACCAAACUCAGAGUCUGAUCACGUGACGCCCAUGGUCAGUAAACACCUGGAGCAGAAAGAGGCCUUCCUCAAGGCAUGCACAUUAGCAAGACGCAACGCUGAUGUCUUUCUCAAGUACUUGCACAGAAACAGCGUGAAUAUGCCGGGAAUGCUUGCGCAUGUCAAAGCCCCUGAACAACAAGUCAAGAACAUCCUUAAUGAGUUGCUGCAGCGGGAGAACCGGGUUCUGCACUUCUGGACCAUGAGAAAGAGAAGGCUUGACCAGUGUCAGCAGUAUGUGGUGUUUGAACGCAGCGCCAAACAGGCUUUGGAAUGGAUUCAUGAUACAGGAGAGUUUUACCUAUCCACACACACCUCCAAAGGCUCCACUAUACACCACACACAGGAACUGCUGAAAGAACAUGAGGAUUUCCAGAUUACAGCUAAGCAAACUAAAGAGCGGGUAAAGUUGUUGAUCCAGCUGGCUGAUGGUUUUUGUGAGAAGGGCCACGCCCAUGCGAACGAGAUUCAGAAAUGGGUCGCCUCAGUGGAUAAACGCUACCGUGACUUUUCCCUCCGCAUGGACAAGUACCGUUCCUGCCUGGAGAAAGCGCUCGGCCUGUCCACUGACUUCAACAAAGCGAGUAAAGAUCUGCAGUUGGACAUCAUUCCAGCCAGUGCUCCUGGUGCAGAGGUCAAGCUCAGAGACGCCAACCAUGAACUCAAUGAGGAGAAACGCAAAUCGGCCCGCAGAAAAGAGUUUAUAAUGGCUGAGCUCAUUCAGACCGAGAAGGCAUAUGUGAGAGACCUGCGGGAGUGUAUGGAUACAUAUCUGUGGGAGAUGACCAGUGGUGUGGAGGAGAUUCCCCCAGGGAUUGUCAAUAAAGAGCACAUCAUUUUCGGCAACAUGCAAGACCUGUACGAGUUCCAUCACAAUAUUUUCCUCAAAGAACUGGAAAAAUAUGAGCAGCUUCCAGAGGAUGUGGGUCACUGUUUUGUCACAUGGGCGGAUAAGUUUCGGAUGUAUGUUAAUUACUGUAAGAACAAGCCUGACUCCACUCAGCUGAUUCUGGAAAACGCGGGGACCUAUUUUGAUGAAAUCCAACAGAGACACAGGCUGGCUAAUUCCAUCUCAUCGUACCUUAUUAAACCAGUUCAGAGGAUCACCAAGUAUCAGCUUCUGCUGAAGGAACUAUUGACGUGUUGUGAGGAGGGUAAAGGAGAAAUUAAAGAUGGCCUGGAGGUUAUGCUUAGUGUGCCCAAAAAAGCUAAUGAUGCUAUGCACCUGAGCAUGCUAGAGGGUUUUGAUGAGAACAUUGAGUCUCAGGGUGAGUUGAUUCUGCAGGAGUCAUUCCAGGUUUGGGAUCCAAAGACUCUGAUUCGUAAGGGCAGAGAGCGGCACCUCUUCCUUUUUGAGAUGUCUCUCAUUUUCAGCAAGGACGUCAAAGACUCCAACGGAAGGAGCAAGUACCUCUACAAGAGCAAACUCAUGACCUCAGAACUAGGAGUUACUGAACAUGUGGAAGGAGAUCCAUGUAAAUUUGCACUCUGGGUUGGACGGACACCUACCUCAGACAAAAUAGUGCUAAAGGCUUCAUGUAUUGAAAACAAACAGGAUUGGAUUAAACAUGUUCGUGAAGUUAUCCAGGAGCGUACCAUCCAUUUACGGGGGGCACUCAAAGAGCCAAUCCCCAUUCCCAAAGCCACUGCAACCAAACACAAGGGCAAACGGGAUGGAGAGGACCUAGACAGUCAGGGUGAUGUAAGCAGUCAGCCUGACACCAUCUCCAUCGCUUCCCGCACCUCCCAGAACACACUGGAUAGCGACAAGUUAUCCGGUGGUUCAGAGUUGACGGUGGUCAUCCACGACUUCGUGGCCAGUAAUGGAUCGGAGUUGACUGUACGCAGAGGUCAGACAGUGGAGCUUGUAGAAAGGCCCCAAGACAAGCCCGACUGGUGUCUGGUUCGCACCACUGACCGUUCACCUGCUCAAGAGGGCCUGGUUCCUAGCUCUAUGCUUUGCAUCGCACAUUCCCGAAGUAGCAUGGAGAUGGAGGGCAUUUUCAACCAUAAAGACACGCUCUCAGUCUCCAGUAAUGAAGGAGGACUUUCGGGGAGUGCCACGCUGCAGCCGUGUCAUUUGCAGAGCUCUCCUGGACCCAAACGGCCUGGAAAUACUCUCCGCAAGUGGCUGACCAGCCCUGUCAGACGGCUCAGCAGUGGUAAAGCAGACGGCCAUGUGAAAAAACUUGCACACAAGCACAAGAAGAGUCGAGAUGUCCGCAAGAACGCAGAUGCCGGCUCACAGAAAGACUCAGAUGACAGUGCUGCCACACCACAAGAUGAGACCAUAGAGGAGAAGAUGAGAAAUGAGGGACUGAGCAGUGGCACUCUAUCGAAGUCUUCCUCCUCAGGGAUGCAGAGCUGUGGUGAGGAGGAAGGGGAGGAAGGGCCUGACUCGGUUCCCCUGCCGCCUCCUAUGGCCAUCCAACAGCACAGCCUUCUGCAUCAGGACUCCCAGGAGGACAAGGCUACCUCCCAUCUCCAUCCCAGCAGCUCAGAGACACCAAGUGCAGCUGAACUGGUCAGCGCCAUUGAGGAACUCGUCAAGAGCAAAAUGAGUUUGGAGGACAGGCCUAGUUCUCUCCCUGUUCAGCGAGGAGAUAGCAGAAGUCCUUCCUGCAACCCAUCGGAUAACUCCCUCCUGUCUUCCUCCUCUCCCAUUGAUGAGAUGGAUGAACGCAAGACUGGCUUCCUCAAGAGACGACACUAUGUACUGCUGGAACUGGUGGAGACGGAGAGAGACUAUGUGAGAGACCUUGGUGCAGUCGUGGAGGGCUACAUGAGCAGGAUGAAGGAGGAAGGUGUACCCGACGACAUGAAGGGCAAAGAUAAGAUUGUCUUUGGGAACAUUCACCAGAUUUAUGACUGGCAUAAAGACUUGUUUCUUGGUGAACUAGAGAAGUGCUUGGAAGACCCAGAUAGGCUCGCACUCCUGUUUAUAAGACAGGAACGAAGACUGCACAUGUACAUUGUGUACUGCCAAAACAAGCCCAAAUCAGAGCACAUUGUUUCAGAAUACAUUGAUACGUAUUUUGAGGAUUUAAAACAGAGGUUGGGCCACAGGCUACAGAUCACAGAUCUACUGAUUAAACCAGUGCAGCGGAUCAUGAAAUACCAGCUUCUGCUGAAGGAUUUCCUCAAGUUCUCCAAAAAGGCUGGUUUGGACACUGUAGAAAUAGAGAAAGCAGUAGAGGUGAUGUGUGUUGUUCCAAAACGCUGCAAUGACAUGAUGAAUGUUGGACGCCUCCAAGGAUUUGAUGGUAAAAUUGUAGCCCAGGGAAGACUGCUUCUACAGGACACCUUCAUGGUCUCCGACCAGGAUGGUGGUCUCCUUUCCCGCAUGAAAGAGAGGCGUGUCUUUCUCUUCGAGCAGAUAGUUAUCUUCAGUGAUCCUCUGGAUAAAAAGAAGGGAUUCUCUAUGCCGGGCUAUCUGUUUAAGAACAGCAUAAAAGUCAGUUGGUUGGGUCUAGAAGAGAGUCCUGAUAAUGACCCCUGUAAGUUUGUUUUGACCUCAAGGUCAUCCACUGGCAGUACAGAGCACUAUGUCCUCCAUUCCUCCAACCGGGCGGUUUGCCUGGCAUGGAUUCAACAGAUCAGCAGCAUCCUGGAGAACCAGAGAAACUUCCUCAAUGCACUGACUUCACCCAUUGAAUACCAACGGAAUCAUGUGGGGGCAAGUGGUCUGGGUGGACCUAGCAGCAGUGGACUUCCGGGGGGUAGCAGCAGCUCUGCCAUGGUUCCCAGCUGUGGCUCUCGGUCCCGAACAUCCCGAAUCCCUCAACCUUCUUCUCGUCUCCCCCAGCCUGUGCAGCACCACCACCACGCCCCCGCCCCAGAUGACCGCACUUCAGGUAUGUGUCCUCUUCCUGACCAGGACCUAAACGGUGAGGUCCCUAGGAUGCGGGUCCUGGAGAGCCCCUUGAAGGAGCUACGCGAGGAAGCCCAAUCAGGGACACCCAUUCCAAGAGCCACAGUCGCACCCAUGUCUCUCACCCAAACAAAGCCCCGUCUCAGAGUCCCCUCGCAUAUUCUCUCCCCCUUGAACCCUCAGAACUUUACAGUCCAAAAGGGCUCCCCGUUUUGGGCCUCAAUGCCAAUCUCACCUACUGGCAGGCCUGGCUCUUACACAGAGCAGAGCGACACACUGAGUCGCAACCAGUGUCAGACUCGCAGGCACUCCACCCACUUUAAGGAAUUGGACCACAUCAGUACUUGCUCCUCCACCAGUGAGCAGUCCCUGCAUUCCACUCACAGCAAUGGGAGUGAAAGCAGCAGCAGCAGCAGUAUGUCAACCAUGUUGGUGACCCAGGACUACGUGGCUCUAAAAGAAGAUGAGAUCAGCGUGUAUCAAGGAGAGGUUGUGCAGAUAUUGGCCUCUAACCAGCAAAACAUGUUUCUAGUUUUCCGUGCCGCCACAGAACAAGGCCCAGCAGCCGAGGGCUGGAUCCCCGGCUAUGUUCUGGGUCACACCUCCACCUUCAUUCCCGACUACGCUGAUGGAACCCUCAAGAAGUCCUCAUCGUGGCACACAGCUCUACGCAUCAGACGAAAGUCUGAAAAGAGAGACAAAGAGGGCAGAAAAGAAAGCAAAUCAGAGAAUGGCUAUCGCAAAUCUCGAGAUGGAUCAGCCAAUAAGGUUUCUGUAAAGCUUUUGAAUCCCAACUACAUUUAUGAUGCAGUUCCCCCAGAGUUUGUGGUCCCCCUGAUUGAGGUCGUGUGUGACAGGGGCGACAGUGUAACCCUCCGCUGUAAGAUCUGUGGGCAGCCCAAAGCCUCGGUCUGUUGGAGAGGGCCUGACCAGAGCACUCUCAGCAAUGGUGGAAGAUACACACUCACACACAGUGAGACAGGGGAAGUGACCCUUCGUAUCUCACCUGCCUCUCUGGACGACAGCGGCACCUAUACCUGCAUCGCCUCUAAUGAUGUGGGCUCAGUGACAUCAUCAGCCUACCUCAGGGUGCUUGGCACUUCUUGUGACGGGAUCCUCUGGAAGGAAAACUUUGAGUCCCACUACACUGAAGUUAUGGAACUGGGGAGAGGCAGGUUUGCCGUCACUAAGUGGUGUGAGCAAAGAGGAAGCAGGCGAUCAGUGGCCGCUAAGCUAGUAAAUAAGAAGCUAAUGCGUCGAGAGCAGGUGGUUCAAGAGCUGGGUGUCCUUCAGUGUCUUCAGCAUCCUCACCUGGUGGGCCUGCUGGACACCUACGAGACCCCAGCCAGUUAUGUUCUCAUCCUGGCGAUCGCGGAUCAAGGUCGUCUCCUGGACUAUAUUGUUAGCUGGGGGAACCUGACAGAAGAAAAGGUGUCUCUUUACCUACGGGAUAUUCUAGAAGCUUUACACUACCUUCACACGUGUAGGAUUGCUCAUCUUGACUUGAAGCCAGAGAAUGUAUUAAUUGAGCAAACAUCAACCCAGCCUCUAGUCAAACUGACGGACUUUGGUGAUGCGGCACAUCUCUCCAACACCCCGUUCAUCCACCCUCUGCUGGGCAGCCCUGAGUUCUCCGCCCCUGAGCUGGUGUUGGGUGAGCCCGCGGCUCUGGCGUCUGACCUCUGGAGUCUAGGCGUGCUGGCCUACGUGAUGCUCAGCGGGGCAUCCCCUUUCCUUGACGAGAGUGUCGAGGAGACCUGCCUCAACAUCUGCCGCCUCGACUUCAGUUUCCCGGAGGACUACUUCCGCGGCGUGAGUCUGGCGGCCCGGGACUUGGUAUGCGUCCUUCUUCAAGGCGAGCCACGCAGACGUCCCUCUGCACAGGUUUGCUUGCGUGAGCAGCCAUGGCUGCAGCCCAAUGCAGCCUCUGGAGCAGCUCGCCUCGACACUUCCAGACUCAUCUCUUUUAUAGAGCGGAGGAAACAUCAGAACGACCUGCGACCGGUGGCCAGUUUCCGAGCAUUCCUGCGUAGUCGCCUGCUCAGCCAGAGCUGAGAGAAACGUAGAGUGCAAAUCUUGUAGGAUAUUAAGGAAAGUAUAGGUUGCUGAUAUAUGCUGAAAUCUCAUCCUGCUUUUUGAGUCAUUCUGAAAUGGUUCUGGGUCUCUGUUACUGUAACUGCUGCUGACAAAUCUCUGAAGUCCCCUUACCCUUCAAAAAUCAUUUCUGAUACAUGCACAUGUUCUCUAUUUGAAUGGGCGAAACUUACAAGAAAAAAAAAAGUGAAUUAAGAAGUUUUUUUUUCCCCCUGACCCAAAAAGGUUUAGCUUCAUGUUCGAACAGUAUUUUUUUUUAAAAAGAAAAAAAAAAGUUAAUUAAUAUGUUUUUUUUUCCCCCUGACCCAGAAAGGUUUAGCCUCGUGUUCAAACAGUAUUUUAAUCAGGUUGUUUCAGUGGAGUACUGUUAUCUGAAUAGCUAUAUUCAGGAAAGAUUACAUUUUCUACAAACCAUGUAUAGAAGCACAGUAAAGAUGGUAUCUUUAUCCUGAACGUUUUGGAGAAAAAGAAAAAAAAAAUCUUUAAAAAAAUUAUUUAAAGAUUUAAAGGGAAGUAAAAUAGUUUACGCUAUGGCAUUCAUCUCAAGUUCCAUGUUUGAUAAACAUACAGUCAUGUUGGAAUGAAUUAAAACAUAUGAAACAACUUUUUAACAGCUCUUUCAGACAAGAAGUAAAAGAUACUGUAAGCUUUUGAUUUUAACUUGCAUCUGACUAGCAGCCCUAUGUUGUAAAUAAACUGGACCUGCCUUUGUUCGUGUCCAUUUGCAGUGUUUUAAAUGCUUUAUCAUUGGCUGCUCAUGACUUUCAACUGACCAGAUAGAAUACAAGCUGGAAAGCCGGCGAAGGCAGGAAGUGUCUGCAACCACAGCAAAUGUGUACUCUCUGUAACUUGUUGAAAUGUGCGAUGUCAGGGCUUUAAUAUUUUGCAGCUAUUUGUGUAAUUUGUGAUUUGUGUAAAUCAACAUUGUUAUGUACAUGUGAGUUGAGAUAUGUGUCCAUGGCUCUUUUGCUGAGAUUUCUGUGUUCAGUAUUAUUUCGUAAGCUUAAGCCUCAUUGGUGAAAAAUAAUGUGUCUUUUUUCACACUUUCAUUAUGAAUGUAGUUAUUUUUAUCGUUAUACCAAAGUUACUCCUCAUGUACCUUCUUCUUCUCCCUGUUUGGUGGUUAUAAUUUUUAACAAUAAGUUAUGAAUGCAGUUCUGACUCCUGUCUGGAGUCUGGAGUUUACUUAUAUUGAUUGUUGUUUUAUUUAUUGUGUCUUGAUCGGUUUUUGUUAAUCGAAUUGAAGUAGCGCUUCAUGUUGUCAGAUUAUUAGGAAUUUUAAUUUCCAUAUCUGCUCAUUGUAGCAGUUGUCUGUUAAUGUAAGUUUGCAUGACUAAAUGACAAGAGUUAUUCUUUGUUUUAAGUUCACGUUGUUUUAAAUACAAUGAGAUGAAUCGUUCCCCAUGUACUGUUUCUGCUGUACAGGGAGAAAGUGUACAGUGAAUUGCCUCCAAAUUGUGGGUUGAAGUUUAAGAGGCAAGUUGCAGUUCUCUAAUAUUCCAAAAUAACAACUUGCCACUAAAACCUAGUUGCAAUUAUUGCUGCAUAUAAAGGAGGUAAAUAACAUGCUCAGUCAGUAAUGUUAGUAUAUUUUUCAUGUUUUAUUUAAGUUAGAUUCUCAUAAUGUAUAGAUGUACAGACACCAUAAAAUGGACGUAGCGACACCCUGCUUUUUUACAUAAUGUCAUUUUGAAUGUUUUUGACUCAAUAUUAAUAUUGCAUGUAUAUUUCUUUGUACAGAAACCAUACAUGUUUGCACAUUCUGUGCUGUACAUAAGUUACUUUACCCUCAGUUGUUUUUGAGAUUAAACAUCUGAAACAUUUUAUUCGUA